AUGGCUACGACAAUCACAGCAGAGGACCUCCCUAACCUCCUCGCCAAUGACAUCAAAGUCAAAGUCGCCGGCGUCGACUGCGACGGCAUCCUUCGCGGCAAGGUCAUGGCCAAGGAGAAGUUCCUAGGCAUUGCGCAAAAGGGAUUCGGCUUCAGCUCCGCCGUGUUCGGGUGGGACAUGCAGGACGUGCUCUACACCACGGAGGCGAACAUUGCGCCGGCCGACUCAGGAUACGUGGAUUUUCUGGCGGUGCCGGAUUUGAACUCCUUCCGUCGUAUACCCUGGGAAGAUGAUAUUCCUUUCUUCCUGGUAAGAUUCGUGCAGAACGAUAAGCCGGUUUCGGCCGAUGGGAGGAGCAUGUUGAGGUCGAUUUGCGAUAAGUUGGCGGCGAAUAACUGCAAGGGAAUGGCGGGAGUGGAAUUGGAGUUCAUGAACUUCCAGACCCCCUCCGAAGACGGAUACGGCGCCAAUGGCUCCCAAACCCGCGAUAUCGCCGCCUUUCUCGAUAAGAAUGCCCCCGGUGCGCUGCGCCCCUUGACUGCAGGCAGCUUCUCCUACAGCGCGACGCGACCCGUGGCAUACAAGAAAUAUUUCUAUGAUAUCUUCGAUACCAGCGCGCGGUUCAACUGCGGCAUUGAGGGAUGGCACACUGAGGGUGGACCGGGAGUCUAUGAAGCGGCAUUGAAAGUAUGCGAUGUCAGCGACAUGGCCGACAAGGUGUCUCUGUUCAAACUCCUCGCAAAAUCCAUCGGCGUCGAACACGGCAUCACGCCCUGCUUCAUGGCCAAGCCCAUGCAAGGCCAACCCGGCAGCUCGGGCCACAUCCACGUCUCCCUCACCGAUCUAGAGGGCAAGAACCUCUUCGCGCGCGACACUCCCGAUCCCAAUGCCCCCUGGUCCGACGCAGCCGGGUUGUCCGACCUGGGCCGACACUUCCUCGCAGGCGUGCUGGAAGCGCUUCCGGACAUCAUGCCGCUAUUCGCGCCCACCAUUAACUCGUACAAGCGGCUGGUGGAGAACUUCUGGGCGCCGGUGAAUAUCAGCUGGGGGUUGGAGGACCGCAUGGCCUCGGUAAGAAUUAUCACGCCGCCGGUGUGCAAGCCGGGAGCGACGCGAUUCGAGGUGCGGAUCCCUGGCGCGGAUUUGCACCCGCAUUAUGCGCUUAGUGUGAUUCUGGCGGCGGGAUGGAGGGGCGUGGAGAAGAAGUUGGAUAUUAAGGUGCCGCCAGUGAAUGUGCAGAAGGCGGAGAAGAUCAAGGCGGAGUUGCUGCCGAAUACAUUGGAGGAGGCCCUGAAGAGGUUUAGUGACAAGGGGAGUGUUGCGAGGGAGAUUCUGGAUCCGGAGUUUGUGGACUUUUUCACGGCAACGAGAGAGCAUGAGUUGAGGGUAUGGAGAGAGGCGGUUACGGAUUGGUAA